AUUUUUUUUAAUCCUGAAAAAAAAGGAAUUUGUUUUUUCUUUUAAAUAACAAAUAAAACAAAAACGAUUUCCGAAAGAAUCGAUCAAAUUCAGCCCUAAUUUCCCGACGACGAAUCGCCGUCAUCGAUUUCGAUGCAAAUGAGGAAGUUUCAUCUAAAUAUAGCUUUGCAAUUCAAGAUGAAAGCACCAUAGAAACGUACCUUCCACCGAAAAUCGCUGGGAUUUGCACCUAUAAAUCACAUUCAUUCCAUCUCCAUUUCAUCAGGCAGCAAUUUCCAAAGCGAAGGCGUUUCUCGGUGAUCCUUCUCGAGUUCUUCACCGGAUACCGCCACACAAAUCCAUAACCGAAAACAAAAAACAAAUCUCAAAAUCGCAAUGGAAAUGAAGAAGAUCACCUGCGCCGUCCUCUUCGCUGCCGCAACCGUCACCGCCGCCGUGGCUCAGAACGAGGCGUCGGCUCCUGCACCUGGACCAACCAGCGCCGCCACUGUCGGCCUUCCAGCAAUCGGCUCUCUCAUCGGCGCUUCGUUGCUCUCCGUUGCUGCCUACUACUUGCAAUGAUGGAUGGGAUGAUGUGCAAAACAAAGAGUUAUAUAACGAUGGUGACAACGGUUUAAUAGAUCUCUAAAUUUUUUUUUGUUCGAAUGCCAUCGAUAUCAAUUCUUAUUGAGACAUAAAUGAAGAAGAGCCAUUUUUUUUUA